AUGUCGAGUGAUUCACGAAAAAAAACUUAUAAACAUACUGGACUUGAUAGUGAAGAAAUACGUAAACGACGUGAAACUCGUAAUCUUACACUACGAAAACAAAAACAAGAAGAACAACAUUUCAAACGACGAAAUUUAGCAAGUGCAAAUGAACAAGAAACACCAACUUCAUUUACCCUUGCCGAUACAGUUACUCCAUCCGCUGGAGCAAUAGAAUCAGUAAGAAUUGUUAGAUAA